AUGGGUAUUCAUUGCAGGGGAAUGAUCAUGAUCGUGGCUUCCAUUCUCCUGGCGACGACGACGGUGCUAGCCUCCUCUUCUUCAGCGACGGUUGAAUCCGCCGCCGUCGCUAAUAGUAACGCGACCAGUCCGGGAACACCACCGCCACCAGUGCCAUUGCCGAGGUGCAGAAGGGGGACGAUGGAGCCGAAAGUGGCGGCGAAGUGCUGGAUAGCGAUACUCGAGGUCCCCUUGUGCGUGUUUCAGAUCGUGAAGGCGUUCGAAGGCGGAUCGGUGUUCAGCAUCGGCAAGGCCUGCUGCCACGCCUUCAUCGACCUCACCGACGACUGCAAGAUCGAGGUGUUUCAGAAGUCGGAGUUCUUCCCCGCCAUCGAGAAGUUCUGUGCGGCCAUCGGCGGCGACGGCGGCAGCGCCAAUACGACUACUACUGCGGCCGGUCUCGGCAACUAA